CGGAAGUGACGUUUGUCACCACUCGCGUGACGAAGGGCUGGUUCGAAAUACAACCCGGAAGUGGACGUCCAUUGCCAGGAGAAGCAGGACUUGGAAAUAUCAGGCGGACUUUGUCGUCGCGGUCAUCGAGUGGCGGCGAAAAGGAGGAGGAAGAAGCAGAAGAAGAGAAAGAAGAAGAAGAAGGAGAAGAAGAAGAGAGUCGUCCUCGCCUCAGCGUGUAGCAGCUAGCCGAGCAGCUAGCCAGCGAUGAACACGGACGUGGAAUUCCACAUCAGGCAGAAUUAUCCGUGGAGCAAACUUCCCGCCAACGUCAAGCAGUGUUUGGGGAACUCUCAGCGCGAGUAUGAGAAACAUGUCCUGCUCUACAGCAUCCGCAACCAGCUGCGCUUCCGCAAUAACUUAGUCCGCCACGUGAAGAAGGACGAGCGCAAAUACUAUGAGGAACUGCUGAAGUACAGCCGGGACCACCUGAUGCUUUACCCUUACCACCUGUCUGACAUCAUGGUCAAAGGGCUGCGAGUCACGCCCUUCUCCUACUACAUCGGCAUCAUGGAGGACAUCAUGAACAGCGAGAAGAGUUAUGACUCCUUGCCCAACUUCACUGCUGCUGACUGUCUGAGGCUGCUGGGCAUCGGCAGGAACCAGUACAUCGACCUGAUGAACCAGUGCCGCUCCUCUAAGAAAUUCUUCCGCAGGAAAUCGGCCCGGGAUCUUCUACCAGCCAAACCUGUGGAGAUCUCAGUGGAGCCCUGGUGGGUGGCCCAGUCGGGCUACAUCACGGAGGAUGACAUCAGGUGCUGCUCUCCAGCCGAGAAGAAAGCUAUCGAUAAGAUGAUUGAUUCUGGCCCUCAGCUGGCUGGAUCAAUGGAGUACAACGUGGGCUUAAGUCUGUACAACCGCGGCUUCAUCUACCUGGAUGUUCCCAUCUCAGACGACAGCUGUAUCUCCGUGCCGCCGCUGGAGGGUUUUGUGAUGAACCGGGUGCAGGGCGACUACUUUGAGACUCUGCUCUACAAGAUCUUCGUGUCCAUCGACGAGCAGACCAACGUAGCAGAGCUGGCCAACGUGUUGGAGAUAGACCUGGACCUGGUGAAGAAUGCCGUGUCCAUGUACUGCCGCCUGGGCUUUGCCGUGAAGAAAGGUCAGGUGAUCAGCUCGGAGCAGCUCCACCCCACCUGGAAGAACGCUCCCUCCCUCAACAGACUCAAGACCACCAUGGACCCUCAGAAGAUGUUGCUCUCCUGGGAGCAGGGCAGCCCCGUGAUGGAGGGGGGGUCCUCUGCCACCGACACCGACACCACCAGUCUGGAGGACCAAGCGGACACAGCCAGCGUCAGCAGCCUGAGCAUCCCGGCCGCCCCCACCAAGAGGAUCGCCUUCCUCUUCGACUCCACGCUGACGGCCUUCCUCAUGAUGGGCAACCUGUCCCCGAACCUGAAGAGCCACGCCGUGACCAUGUUCGAGGUGGGCAAGCUCUCCGACGAGACCCUGGACAGCUUCCUGGCCGAGCUGGAGAAGGUGGAGAGCACAGCUGAGGGUGAGGCUCAGCGCUACUUUGACCACGCCCUCACCCUAAAGAACACCAUCCUCUUCUUACGCUACAACAAGGAACUCACUCAGGACCAGGGACCAGACAUCCCCAACAUAGGUUUUCCCUUGGACAUGCUGCGCUGUGAGAGUCUCCUGGGUCUAGACCAGGCCACCUGCAGCAGAGUCCUCAACAAGAACUACAAGCUGCUGGUCUCCAUGGCACCGCUCAGUAAUGAGAUCAGACCCAUCAGCAGCUGCACACCCCAGCACAUAGGACCAGCCAUCCCAGAGGUGAGCUCCAUCUGGUUCAAGCUCUACCUGUAUCAUGUGACCGGACAAGGCCCGCCCUCUCUGCUGCUGUCCAAAGGCUCCAGGCUGCGCAAACUGCCCGACAUUUUCCAGGUGUACGACAGGUUGUUGAUCACAUCCUGGGGUCACGACCCUGGAGUGGUGCCCACGUCCAACGUGCUGACCAUGCUCAACGACGCUCUCACGCACUCUGCUGUGCUCAUCCAGGGUCAUGGCGUGCACGGCCACGGAGAGACGCUCCACGUCCCCUUCCCCUUUGACCAGGAGGAGCUGAAAGGAGACUUCUCCUACUCCAACAUGGCGGUGCACAAAGCUCUGCGCACACUCAGGGAGCACGUGGACCUGGACCACCAGUGUGGCUACGUCACCAUGCUCAACUGCAACAACAGGCAGCGCCGCACGCCCAGCGACACCUUGGAGUGCACAGGUGACACACACCUGGGAGGGGGCGUGGACACCAACGGCAGCACAGAAUCCUUUGAGUUGGUGACAGAAGACGGGCAGAGUGACAGUGUGUGCUGUGAGGAGGAGCAGUGGGUGCCCCUGGAACUCUGCUUUGGUGUGCCGCUCUUCAACUCACAACUCAACCACAGGGUCUGCAGCAAGGUCGCCGCCCACAAGCUCUGCUGCAGCGACAGCCUCCAAGAGCUGCUUGACUCCAGCAGGAAACUGUCCCUCAAAGUGCUGAGCUUUGUUCAGACCUUCCAGGACGGCGCCGCGCCCUGCGACCCCGACAGCGGCGUGACCGACCCCCUCAGCCGGCCCCCCGCCGAAUCGGGCGUGCCGCUGCCCGCCCUCAACCUGCUGUACAAGGACGGGCAGCUGCGGGAGUGGAGUGGGCGGGCCCCUCCCCCCCUGGACAUGACGUCACUGCAGCGCCAGGCCAGCACGUAGGAGACCCUCCUGUAGACACAUUCCUUUCAUGUUCUGGGACCACCUGUGUCGUCUGCAUGAUGUCAUCCUCCCUCACCUUCUUCUCUCUCACUGGCCGCUAGAAGGGAAAAGAAGCUUCCGGCAUGACUGUCCCUUCACAAUAAGAGCCCCGAUGGGCCAGCCAAGUGGCGUCCAAAGAGUGGAGCCUCCGUGUUGACCUUUAGUCACUAGUUUCAAUGUUUUAGCAGCGAAAAGGACCUGAACCUGCGUUGUCCUUCCUGUAUGAAGCCCCGCCCACAAGCUGUCGUCUUUGCCAAAGUGUUAGCACUUCUUCGUAGUUGUCAAGUCCACGCUCAUCUUCUCAUUCUUGCAGACAAAUAAUAAAGAUGUCAUGCUUUUA